AUGCAGGCAGCCCAAGAACAAAUACUUGAAGAUGCUACCGAAGAACUCCGUGAUGGCCUCAGGGAGAUCCAAGAGAAUCCCUUUGUUCCUAGCGAAUCGGCUGAUUGGGUUGAUGACCCGGCCAUGGCUCAAUUCCCGCUCUUUCAGGAUGAAGGCCUUAGUUAUGAGCAGCUAGUGAGUGUAGUCAAUUUGUUGCUGCCCAGAAAGCGCACAAAAGGCUCGACUUGGGGCGACCGGAUGACAAAACUGUACACUUCAUGGACAGAACAGCUCCCUGUUCUUGCGAACUUCUAUCUCCAUUUCAAGACAGAGAAUCCAUGCUCAACGCUGGCUCAUUAUCCCGCUCCUGGAGAUGACAUUGGGUAUAUUCGUAUUCGCUGCCUUGACAUAUUUGAUGGGGAUGCAAUUGAAUAUAUUCCUAUGCGUCCAGGAUAUCUUUGCCCAACACCAAUGGAGCCUCAACUUGCGAUAUCCUUACGGUCACUUGAGCUUCUCCACUCUCUUUUCCGUGUGGCCCCAGCUUUUACUUUUCAGCACUUUUCCCGCCUUCUGGCCGACAUGCACAAGGAUGGCGAUGACCCAGGACGCUCAAUCCAGUUUAUUGUGACAGGUGAUGGGAACACCUCACUCUCACGAAUGCGCCACCACUUUGAGGGGGACUUGCGGCACUUCAACAGCGACUACUAUCUCCCUCGGGCAGAGGUCAACCGGUUUUCCAAUAUCCGGAAAGAGACUCGGCCUGAUGGCUGCCUGGGAUGGAAGAAUGCCCAGCCAAUCGCAUCGAAGACGAAGGCAGGGGCAAUGCAAAUCAUGGACGAAACUGGUAUAUUUUCAGUUGUCUGUCGUCACGGGAUUGUUCAGUUCCUUGUUGACAUGAUCGAAAGUGGGGAGCUGUCUUGCCAGCUUGAGUUUCUUAUCGGCUUGCAGAAAGGCGCUGGGAUUGAAGAUGGUGAAGGUAAUGAACGUGUCUAUUCGGAAAGCAAUGCACUUGCCUCUGCCACCCGACAUGCAUCACCAUACAGUCGCCACCUUCGAAUUCACAUACACUUUACCAAGUGGGAUGAGACGAAGUAUGAGCGCCUAGGCGACUUCUUAUUGAACAACCACACGUCGGCUUGGAGGAUAAUUAAGGAGAGUGCUGAAGUACUUGAGACCACGCGACGGCUGUGCCCCGCCUUCGAUCCUGACAGUGAUUGUCCAAGGUGGCUACAGGAGGAGAGACAGUACAUAGCAUCCCUCCGAUCGGAACCCGAAAGUGAGAGGAGAAAGAUAGAGUACUUGGAGGCUAUUGAAUGCCUCGAGCGUGCAGAAGGAACAGUUUCCCACUGGAUCAGCCGGCUUGCUGCACCGACAACCUCUUCUGCACAGCAUACUACCUGGCACCUCCAAGAGGCAAACAAGGCCGUCGAGAAUGCCCGCACCACUGUGAUGGCCUUGGAGGCAGCACUGGCAGACACUUGGUCCCUUUCUCUUCCUUGGACGACUGACUCUCCCCAGCGUCUUGAAGCAAUCACCUUGCGUCAACAACGGGACUACCACCAACUACUGGAUGAACUCGAACACCGUGCCAUCUCACGUCAAUUUGAAGUUGAGAAAGUGGGGUUGCCUAGGACAGAUUACAAGGCCCGUCAACGGAUUUUGUCCUUAGUGUCGAAGUGUAAGGCCGGUUGGGGUGCCGGCCUUGCGCGCAUCAUCCCAUCCCUGUCCAUCCCUUACACGAAGCGUGGAAAAACGUUACAAUCGACAAUCAAUAAGUACAACGCUUUGGCAGCAUCUAUGAGCCCACCAAGGACGAAACUCACCUGGAAGGAAGUUACGGACCUCAACUUCAUAUCCGAUAUUGUGACAUUACGUGGUCGUGAGGACAUACGUGAAAAGCCAUGGGCAAAACCGCUAUUUCGUAAUGCAACACGAGCCUGGUGCAAGUUACAACGUGCCCGUGAGGAGAUUGAAACCGUAGUCAUUGAAGCAAAUCGGUUGGGGAGUUUUGUGAGGGAUGAAGAGGCGCACUUGCAGAAGAUUAUUGAGGACACUCGACCCACCAACCCCGCAUUGGCAGAAUAUAUAUCUCUCAUGUUUCAAUAUCGCCUCAACACCAACUCCCACCUAUGCGCAAAACUGCUUCAGCUUGAGGCAUGCUCACAUUAUCACAUUCAUGUGGUAGGCAGUGAACCACCCUCUGGCGCUUCAGCACAUACAACCAACACAUCGUCUCUCCUGUCCCCUAUCACCAAUCCGCCACCAACAUCACCCACCAACGCCGCAAAUAGAGACGGUUCGAAUUAUGCCAAUGAGCUAUUGAAGGCCAUUGACAGUGAGGCAGCAGACAAGGUUUCCGAGACUGAGAAUAUAGAUGUGGAUGAGGAAACUGAAGACUAUCACAAUCUUAUUGAUCGGCUUGCAAAUACGUUAAACAUUUCUGACCUAGAUUCGACGUAA